UUUUUUUUUUUCAUAAGCACUGUACUAACUUGCACCUUCUCCUACGCCUCCUGCAGGUUGCUUGACGUGUGCCAGGGUCAGGUGGAGCACGAGCGGCGCCUAAACUUGGUGCUGGUGCUGGAGUACGUCAACCAGGACCUCUCGCAUUACCUCAAUGGAUGCCCCUCCCCCGGGCUUGACCAGGCGAGAAUCAAGAGCCUGAUACACCAGAUCCUGUGUGGCGUGGACUUUCUACACAGUAACCGUGUCAUCCAUCGAGACCUGAAGCCACAGAACAUCCUGGUCGACGGGAACGGCCAGGUCAAGAUCACUGACUUCGGCCUCGCUCGAAUAUACGACUUCAACAUGAGGUUAACGACCAUGGUGGUUACGCUGUGGUAUCGUGCCCCUGAGAUUCUGCUCAGCACCAGCUACGCCACUCCCGUCGACGUGUGGUCCUGCGGCUGCAUCUUCGCUGAGCUCUUCCGACGCAGGCCAAUGUUUGAGGGACACACGGAGGGCGACCAGCUGCAGAGAAUAUUCCACGUGAUUGGGACGCCCCAUGAGAGAGACUGGCCCAGGGACGUCUCACUCUCCCGCAACAACUUCAGCAACCACAUAGCCAAGCCUGUGAGGGACGUAGUGCCAGAGAUCACAGACGAUGGCUCAGAUCUCCUGGAGAAAAUGUUGAGGUUUGUGCCGAGCCGCCGCAUCUCUGCCGUGGAGGCGCUGCGCCAUCCUUAUUUCCGGGACCAGAACACGCCACGUAUCAUGGCCACCAGCAACCGCUCCACACUCACCCAGCAGGUCCUCAGCCCCGCACCCCUCGCCACCAGCAGCCCCACCACUGCAGGUCACCACCACCACCAUCACCACCACCCCCGGCAGGCCAACCCCUCCUCCACCACAACCACCACCACCACAACCACCUUCAGCAAUCCUUCGGUGCUGGCACAGGUCAACACCAAUGACGAAAACAAUCCCAAUGCAGGGAACAGUGCCAACACCAAUGCCAUGAUAUCCAGAGUGCCCGAGCCCAAGGUUGCUGAGCGUGCCAUCACCACCGCCACCACCUCCACCAACACUGACCCCAGCACCACAGUGUCCCCCGCCCCACAGCCUGUCACCACUACCACUGCUCCCUCAACCUCCCCCACCACUGCUGGUGGCAACACCUCCUCCAACAAGUAGUUCACCACACUGGUUAUUAUGUGUGGUUGGGGGGAGGGGGGGGGCAUAACCAUGGGACAGACUAAGAUAUGAGUGGAAGUGAGAGUGAUAAUACUAGGCUGUUUGUGCCUUGUGGGGGGGGUAUUCAGGGUUCAUAAGGCAGUGCUACACAGCAGCUGCCACAGGGAAGGGAGAGUGUUCCUGGGCCGAGCAGGGGAAGGUGUGCGGGGUGACAUGAAAUCUCAGAAAACGUGCACCAGCAAGGACUUGACGCAAGGCUUCUGGGUGUGUCGUUAGUGUAUUAUAUAGCGGGAAAUAAGUCAUCAAAGUGAAUCUUCUGCUAUCAAGAGUUCCCGUGCCCCAUCUGUGCCUUGGUGGUGCCUGGGUGCCUGGCGGCGGGUGGCACCGGCCAGUUGGCGUUGUGCUCCAUGUAAUGCUUCACACAAAGUUCCUCACCGUAGUUUUGCUUCUCCCUUCAACAGAUGAAACAUGCCAGAGCACUUACUAAGUAAUAAAGCAGUUUAUGCAAUGCAUUCAUUAACUUUUUUUUAUACAGUAUAGAUAAUAAUAGUCUCCCACGAGCAUUCCUUGUCAACAUUCCUGGGAAGAAGAAUUAGGUAGUAUUUUUUUCGUGUCACAAAAUGGUACUGGAGACUAGACCCAGUGUAAUGUUUGUCGAGGUUCAGCACAGUACUCUUAGCUGUUGGCGUGUGCAGUCUUGAGGGUGAGUGUGGGAAGUGGGUAGUAGAAGGCUGAGGAGGAAAUGGUUCAUCAUGUGGCCAAGUAGUAUAUACAUGUUGAUAAUCUGGCUGAAUGAUAUGGUGCCUAUAAUGAACUAACAAGUGUAUACAAGCACAAGGAGCUUCUUUAGUAUUAAUACUGAUAAUGUGUUAAUUGUUAAGCUGAAAUUCCUCUGUAUUUAUUGGUACUUAUGUGUGAGAGUGAGAGAGUAGCCUUUACAAGAUUAAUAAUAAUAGUAAAUGUUUUCAUGCCAUGACAAGAAAGGAAUGCUUAGAAAGAAAAUCAAGUUGUCAUGCAUUGUUAGGGAGUGAUGCAGGAUGUGUAAGCUCGUUGGGAAAUUUUAGUGAUAAGAAAUUGAGGAUGUAACACCAAGAAGCAGUGACUGGACUACUAGUGUUGCCAGUAUUGCCUUAGUCGCUGCAUGUGUGCGAGUAUAUCAGGGAAGUCUGCCACCGCUGCCUCCAAGUAACGUGUGUAGUUAAUUUAGCUUCUUUUCAUCCCCAUGAGCUCAUCGAUCCCCAACUAGCUAUUUAUUAGUGUGGUGUUGAUUGUUCUGUGCCAACAUCACAACGGAAUGUGCCGUGUUCCAGCCAUGUGGUUCAAGGUCACACAGCCAUUGCUUUACCAAAUGGAGUGCUGGUAAUGCAAAACUGUAUUUCAUGUGUGUUGUGAUGUAUGUACGUCCACUGUCUUGAGCAAUAAUCAUCUUACUGUUUAAUUCACUGGGUCAGACUGUAUGUACUACCUUUCCAACUAUUCAGUUAAGUUUUCAUAUGAUUUUUAUCAUUCACUCUACUACUUGGAAAUUUACUUAAUGCAAGUUAUUUCAGUAAUGGUCUCUACAAACAGUCAUUAUCUUUUGAUUGUCAGGAACCAGUCUAAUUCCUUUUUCCUUGAUAUAUUUUGCUCAAGAGACCCUUGUAUCAAACAUCAAUUGGCUGUUAUUGCACACACUGCUUUAGUCAGAUUUUGUUACUUUUUUAUUCAUGUAUCAUGGUCCUCUUAAGUGUGAUCUUGGAGUCAUGGUGCUGUGGGGAUGACAGACACCCCACAGCUCAGCAUGGAACACUGGCUUGCUUGACACCUAAUGAAUAGAGUUGCUGCCGGCUACAGUUUCCGGGUCGGUCGUAAAUAGUCCCACUUUCCUCAGUCAUUACGGACUAAGUGCAAGUUUCGUUCGGAUUAGAGACUGCAAUGAAAGUCCAUCUUCCUGGAUCAACACUUUCCAGAGUUGAUUGAUGAAGGUGGAUUUUUGUUGAAUUUUUUUAUUUAUUCCAGUUAUGAAUAUGUAGGAUAUUUUAUUUAUCAUGGUGUGUGUGAUGUGUGGUGUUAAGUGAUCAGUAUAAAAAAAAAAAAGCAAACAAGAAAGACAGACCAUUAACAUUUUGCUGUAAACUGGCUGGCCAAAAAUUGGUCAACUCUCGUCACCUAAACUUUUCAUUUGGCUUCUCACAUAGAGUGUUGAUGACAAAAAAGAGUAGAACGUGUACACUAUGGCUUAUGCAUUUGUUGUAUGCUCUCACAGUAGCACUCAUUAGAUGGUGAUGUAGCCAAUGCUGGGUAGUUCUCGUAAUAUUCAGACCAAUUUCAUUUUUGAGUGGUAUACAUAAUCCUUUUCGUGACAUGCAUCUCUGUGUCUCAUUCCCUUGAAGUUAAAAAGCAUUCAUUCCCUAUUGCUUCAUUACACCAGGUUGAAAUGUCAGCUUUUGUCCUGCAUGGGAAGCACUGUUGUGUGUAUUAGCAGUGCUUCAUGCAUAUUUAAGUGUCUGCCACUGACCUCAAACAAAUCCUAUAUGUAUGCUGAACUUCCUACACUGAAUUGCACCCUUAGAGUAGAUUCCUCUCCCACUGCCAUAGACUGCAUAUUUUAAUGUUAGGAGCACAGCCACACGUUUCCUCAGAGUAUUAUUAAUGCAGCCACCAGUGAGUGGGAAUACCAGCCACCAAGGUCUCUGCUGCAGUCACCACCACAUUCUAGUACCUUGUGUUCACCUAACUUGUACUUGUUUUAGCUUCCUAGUAAAGUUAUUAAUGUAGUUGAGCAAGCAUUAACAGCCAAUAACACUUAUGUUAGUGAAGUGAUUAACAGGAACCCUUUAUGUUAUUGUAUUCUACUUAUACCUGCUGUAAACAAGACAAAUGCUUAUGAUAAUGGGUACUAUACUCGUACAUAUUCAGUGAUGAUUGUAAACCUGUACAGUUUUGCUUAAGGGUAAAGCUUAAAACUCUAACUGUGGAUUAUAUGAAUUAUUUGAUUAAUUGAGGAUACAUGGUAGUGGAUUAUGUUUUACAAAAUCAUUUAAUAUCAUUCUAUAGUUUAAACAUACACACAGCAUUUCCACUCUGCAUUUACCGUUGUAUGUAUCAAAAGGCUCAACAGAGCAAAGCAUGUAAGGGUUUGUACUGGGUAGAACAUUUGUCAUGUGUGUCUUGUGGAUGUCACUGUUGUACUGUGAGCAGAUACACAGCAGUGCAGACAAGACUGUGGCUCGAGUGUGUGAAGCCACAAGUUACUGUUUGGUACAAAGUAUUGUUCACCUGGUGAUGGUGCACAUCAUUUAAGGGUCCAAACCUUGUGAUACACUUUUAGAAUGGAGCAGUGAACUCCAUUGAUUCCAUAGUAGAGAUUGUGGCUGUAGUAUGAUGGCUGUUCUAUAGGUUUUGGAACUUUGUUCCUCUUGUGGUAGUGUAACUCGGCAGCCUCGCAUGAAUACACGGUGCCGCGGCACUGAGCUACCGAGGGUCAGAGAAGUUACAGUCCCUGACCAGUAGCAGGUGCACAACUGUCUUCUUGUCCACCACCCAGGACGCAUCAGUCCUGCAGAGACAUGGUGACCUCAGUGGCAGUGUUGGUCCGCAGGUGGCUGGCAUGGCAGGGUGGAGUGCCGGGAGAGUUGUGCCGACUGGUGGUGCAGGAUCACGUUGGUCUGGAUGGGCUACCCAGCAACAGUUUUCCAAUGUUGAGGUUUUCUUGUCAAAGAAUUAAGACUUCACACUUUUCUUUUUUUCAGGGAAUUUAAGGAUGAAGAGAAGAACAUGUAUAUUUUUCCAGUUCAAAACUUUACAAGGUAUAGAUAUGUGGCACGUAGUUAAGGGACUCAAUUUGCCACAAGAUCUUUUUUUAUUAUUAUUAUCUUGGUCAGCUUAAGAAAGUAGUGAGAACUACUUCUUAGUCACACUGGAAAGAAGAAAUUACAAGAGACACAAGUGAGUGUCAUGGUGCAUUUACAAAUGUGAGAUCUGUCAUUGUCUCCCCAGUGGCCAGUGCUGCCACAGAGGAGACACGGAUGGACUGUCUGCCUCCCUCUGUUUGCUCCAUGUUUUAUAUUUAUACUCCUUUUCUCCUUCUCCUGUACUCUGCAUUGAGAUUUAUCACUUACCUUUCACAGAAGACGUAAUCUCAUCUUCUGGUCUUCCAUUUCUCAUUUCAUCCAAGGUUUCAUUAUUCCAUGAAAGAAUUACUAUUUUACUAAUAUUUGUUCAGACUAAAUUUCUAUAAAUAUAUUUUUUCAUAUUAUAUAGAGGACUUGUGUGAAACUAAUGGGCUUUCCUCAAUAACCUUCACUGCUAACCAAACAAUGACAGGACGUGCAGAGCCCUGGCUGUCGUGCUGCUGCUGCCAUCAGGAGCUCCGCCGCACGGCAAGCCUGGGCCGUGCUCCCCACACAUGGGCAUUUAUGCAAAUCUAUGUAUUAUUAUUUUGGUACAAUAUAAUCUCAUGCCCAUUCCUUGCACUGUAACUAACAUGUACAAAAAGGUGCCACAUUGUGUUUGACAUUAUAACACUAAAUAUUUUGACUACUUCAACAAAGACAUCACUUUGUAGUACUACAUAUUACACAUUGUAACUGUAUUUUUUUUAAUAUCAUUUUUUGAUGAGUGUGUGUGUGUCUGUGUGGUUUGGGAGGGUUUAUCCUUCACUCCUGGUAUCACACUACCUAAUAAUACUUACACUGUGGUUUCCUAUUUCAUCCUAAUCUGUGAUCACCAUUAAAGUAGCCUAAUAGCUUGCAAUGCAGCCACGGCUGUCAGUAUUACAUACUCUGUAUUUUGUAUGUCAUCUGCCAGUCAAACUAUGCCAUUUAUUGUGGCGUUUUAACUUCCUUAAUCUCUUACUUCUCUAUACUGUAAUCUUUCUACAAGCAUUUAAUCAUGUCUUCACUCCAGCCUAUGACUAAACCAUUCCUAUGCCUUUUGUUGAGGCCUUUUUAAGCAAACAGUUUCCUUUUGACCCUCAUAACCUCCCAACAAACCACAAAAAUCCAUAACUUCACCCAAGUUAUCAAGACGAUUAAGGUGCCUUCCAUCGCAUUUAGUGUCGUAAAUCAAUAUUUCCUGGCAAAGUGGCCAUGCCUGUGUGCCACUCUCCUCGAAACUAAUUACGUCUAGGUGUAUUCUUGCCAGCGCUUGGUGAGAGUAAGGUUUAUGAAUUAGUGUUCCAACAUAAAGUAGUAGUACAAUUAGUAGUACCUAUUUGAUAUGAAUGUCUGUCACGUCAUUUUAUUGUUACGAUUUGAUUCCUCUGAUGAUGAUAAAUGAGAUGUGUUUUGUGUAUAUAUUUUUUUAAGAGAAUGUGAAGUGAAUUUCAUCCAGCAUUUAUUUAUAUGUAUACAUCACUCUUGCAUGUGUACAGCAGUAAUGCACACUCCUAAAAACACAAGCAUGCACGUGGAAAUUUCAUCACGAAUUGGUUUAUUGACAGACUGAUUCUGCAUGACUCCAAAAAUCUUUCUUAAAUAGUUGUCCUGGAGAACCUUUCCCUGCCACACCAUCACCAAUGUUGCCUUCAGGUCAGGAGGGGGGAAGCUGCAUCCUGGCCUGAUGUUUAGGUGUGUGUGUUGGUGAGGUGAGGACUCCAACCCACCAACCACAUGUAACUUUGUAUCAUCAGAAACAGGUUUAGCUACAGUAAGCCUUCUCCUACUUUACUGAGCAUGGUUAAGAAAUACUCCUUAAAGUCACAAUGCAUAUCUACACUAUCUGAUGACCUUACCUUAAGUCUCAGAUAUGUAUUUUUUAUUUAUACAUUAAUGUAGCAAUAAAAUAAAUCUAAAAAAUCAUAAA